CGUGCAAUAUAUAUACACACUUCUGCUCGAGCAGCUGUAACUAAUCUUCGAGUCAGCGCGGAGGAAAGAGUGCGUCGCCCUCCAGCUGGACAACAUCAGGAUGUCUGCGGAAAGAUUUGAGAAAAAGAAGACGAUGGACCUGAGGAAGAAGCACAUUGGGCCAUCUUGUAAGAUUUUCUUCAGCCAUGACCCUAUUAAGAUUGUACAAGCCAAAGGCCAGUACAUGUAUGAUGAAAAAGGACAGCGCUACUUGGAUUGCAUCAACAAUGUGGCUCAUGUGGGCCACUGUCACCCGGAUGUGGUGAAGGCAGGAGCUCAGCAGAUGGAACUACUCAACACCAACUCACGAUUCUUGCAUGACAACCUUGUAUUGUAUGCCCAGAGGCUGCAGGCCACACUACCUGACAAGCUGGCUGUGUGCUACUUUGUGAAUUCUGGAUCUGAAGCCAACGACCUGGCCCUCCGUCUAGCAUGGCAGUACACAGGCCACAAAGAUAUCAUCACUUUGGACAAUGCAUAUCACGGCCACGUCUCAUCGCUCAUUGACAUCAGUCCGUAUAAGUUCCACCAAUCGUCAGAUGCUGAGCAGAAUCAAUAUGUCCAUGUGGCUCCCAGCCCAGAUGUUUACAGAGGCAAAUACAGAGGGGAGCAUCCGGACCCUGCCACAGCAUAUGCAGAUGAAGUCAAAGAUAUGAUACAAAGAGUCCAUAAAAAAGGAGGCAAGAUUGCUGCUUUUAUUGCUGAGUCCUUGCAGAGUUGUGGCGGGCAGGUCAUUCCCCCCCAGGGAUACUUCCAACAAGUGGCACAACAUGUCCGCGAGGCAGGGGGCAUUUUCAUUGCUGAUGAAGUCCAAGUGGGCUUUGGCCGUGUUGGCACCCACUUCUGGGCCUUCCAGCUUCAGGGAGAGGACUUUGUGCCUGACAUUGUCACGAUGGGAAAGCCUAUUGGCAAUGGCCACCCCAUGUCGUGUGUGGUCACGACCAAAGAGGUGGCAGAGGCCUUCAUGUCAUCUGGAAUGGAGUAUUUCAAUACAUUUGGCGGUAACCCAGUGUCGUGUGCCAUCGGUAUGGCCGUCCUAGAUGUGAUUGUGAAAGAGGAUCUCCAGGGUAAUGCACUGCGUGUGGGCCGAUACCUGACCAAUCUGCUGGAAAAGCAGAAAGAGAAGCAUCCACUGGUUGGUGAUAUCAGGGGUCGUGGCCUCUUUGUUGGGUUGGAGCUUGUGAAAGACAGGCUGAAGCUCACUCCUGCUACAGCAGAAGCCCAAGAAGUCAUAUAUAGGCUGAAGGAACAGCACAUCCUUCUUAGUGCUGACGGACCGCAUCGCAAUGUGCUCAAAUUCAAGCCGCCCAUGUGCUUCACUACGGAGGACGCUGACCUGGUGGUGGACAAAAUCCACCACAUUCUCACAGAGCUUGAGGAAGCAUUGGGCUUGAAGUCGCAUAACGCAUUGAGUGUCGAGAAUGAGAGCAGUAAAAAGCUGCCAACUGAUGAAAAUGGACACCAGUAUCAAAGCGGGUUAGCACACAACAGAGGGAGCAGUCAAGGAGUCCUCGACAAACAAACCAAACGCCUCAAGACAUAACGCUGCCCACAAACCGAGUCAGAGCUGUGACAUGAUUUUAUCUGGCUGAGGACUUUGAAAAGAGAUAUAAAUCUGAUGUAUUAUGUGCCUUCGCAUGUAACCUAAUGAAAAAUGUUUUUACAUUAAUAAUAAUACCAAUAAUGUUUAUUUGAGAGUGCAGUGUCUUCUCAGGUAUUUUUAAAAAAGUUAAACUUAGGAAUCAAGCCACUUGUUCAGCAUAACAUGUAUAUUAUGGUUUGACUUUAGUGCAAAGAAUCCCCUUACUGUGUGAGCUACCAUGCUACACAACCUGUAUACUCUUUAUCUUAGUUUUUGCCAACAUUCACUUUACCACGAUUUUCAGGGAAUUUUAAUGUUAAUAAACCUUAAGGUGUUAUGUCAAAACAUGUAAUGAUGUCUUAACCCUUGUGUUGUCCUUCCGUUGACCAGGCAACUUUUAGUUUUUCUGGGUCUAAAUUUAAAAUUUGAAACUUUUUUCCAACGUUGUCUUGUCGACAAUUGUCGCUUUUCUGAGACUUGACGUUUUUGAAACUUUUCUGACAUUUUUGUCUUUUUUUUUUU